AGGCUUCAAGCUUUGGGGCGGGGCGUCGGUCCUGGGUGCAAUGGAGGUGGUCAGGCGAAUGUCCUGGGUGUUUCUGAUCCUGGCACUCACAGUUUUGCCAGCAGCCGCUGUGGACAGAUCCAAGUUCAGGACUUGCGAGCAAGGUUCCUUUUGCCGAAGGUACAAGAAAUGGAUCAGUAGACCCGAAAGGGAGAAAGCUCUCUGGACUGUCCUUCCACAAACCAGGGCACCUCUCCCUGAAGGUGGCUUUAGCUUUCAAGUGAAGCAUGUGAAUGAGGAAACACCUCACUUGCUGCUGAAGCUCAACAUUUAUGCUUCAGGCAUGGUUCGAAUGCGAAUCACUGAGAUCAAGCCGCUGCACAUCCGCCAUGAGAUUCCGCCAGGGGAUGUGGUCUCCGAUCCUCCGCCAGCAGCAGCAAAGGUCUCUGAAGCGGAUGAAAGCGGCAAGAGCAUUUUCAAGUUUGCCACGGCUGACGGCACAGCAGCAGAGGCGAUUCUGCACCACUCGCCGUUGGCGUUGGAAGUCUCCGUUGGAGGGCAGAUCUUGCAGAGGCUGAAUGCCCGGAACAUGCUCAACUUCGAGCGGUAUCGAACGCCCAAGGAGAGGCUUCCACCUGACACAGCCUCCGUGGCAGCACCAGACACGGUGUUGCUGGACGCAGCAGCUCAUCCCAAUGGACUGGACACAAAUGGCCUCUGGGAGGAGCCGUUUGGUGGCCACACAGACCAAAAGCCUAGAGGCCCUGCCUCUUUGGGAAUGGACGUUAGCUUUUUGGGUGACGUACCAUCACUCUUCGGUCUUCCAGAACAUGCGACCAAAGCCAGCCUCCCUUUCUACCAAGAGCCUUAUCGAUUCUUCAACUUGGACGUGUUCGAGUACGAAAUCGACGAGCCCAUGGCACUCUAUGGUGCCAUUCCAAUCAUUUGGGCCAUCCAUCGGCUUGGAGGGGGCCAGACCGUGUCCUCCGGUUUUCUCUGGAUCAAUCCCUCGGAGACCUUUGUGAAGUUGGAGAGGGACACUCCAGAUGGCAAGGGCGGUCCGGCCCAUGCAUGGUGGACGAGUGAAAGUGGAGUGCUUGACACGGUUGUGAUGGUGGGCCCAACCCCGAAGACCGUGUCAGCGCAAUUCCAUGACUUGACGGGACAUGGUCCAAUGCCCGGGCUUUGGGCUUUGGGCAAGCACCAGUGCCGUUGGAACUACAUGAGCGAGAAGGAUGUCGCAACAGUUGACAGCAUGUACGACAAGUACGACAUUCCCUAUGACACGAUUUGGCUGGACAUCGAGCACACAGAUGGCAAAGCAUACUUCUCGUGGAAUGCGGCUGCCUUUCCUAACCCGAAGCAGAUGAUUGACAACAUCUCAGCCAAGCGGCGGAAGUUUGUCAAUGUGGUGGAUCCGCACAUCAAGAAGGACGAGAAGUUCCACGUGUAUCGAGAGGUGCGGGACAAAGGCUUUUUUGUCAAGAAGGUGUCCUACAAGCAGAUCGAUGAUCCGACAGAUGUGAAACCUGCGGAUUGGGUUGAGGAGACCAAAAUCCCUGAUCCAACGGCAACGCAGCCUCCGGAGUGGAAUACAGAGGAAGAUGGACCUUGGGUUGCUCCCCAAAUUGACAAUCCAGCUUACAAGGGAGCGUGGCAUCCCCGAAAGGUGAACGAUCCCACGCCUGACCUGACAGACUUUGAGGGGUGGUGUUGGCCGGGGACAUCCCUGUACCCGGACUUUACAGACCCAGCUAUGCGAGAGUAUUGGGGGUCUCAGUUUGCCCUGGACAAGUACACCGGCACCAACGCUGACACCUACAUUUGGAAUGACAUGAACGAGCCCUCAGUGUUCAAUGGUCCAGAGGUCACCAUGCCAAGAGAUGCUAUACAUCCCAAUGGGAUGGUUGAACACCGCGAUGUGCACAACAUGUACGGAUACUAUGUCCAUCGUGCCACCUUUGAAGGCUUGCAGAAACGAACGCCUGGCGACAGGCCUUUUGUCCUCACGCGGUCCUUCUUCAUAGGCUCGCACAAGUAUAGUGCAAUCUGGACAGGCGACAACUAUGCCCAGUGGUCGCAUCUGAAAGCCUCCAUUGCCAUGGUUGGAGCCUUGACUCUUGGUGGCCAGUCCCUGGUGGGAGCUGAUGUGGGCGGAUUUUUCAAGCAUCCGGAUACUGAGAUGACCGUCAGAUGGUAUCAGCUGGCUGUUCUGAUCUAUCCGUUCCUACGGAAUCAUGCACACCUGGAGACGCCGCGAAGAGAGCCAUACGUCUUCGAUGAGAAGACCAUGCUGAGAAUCAAGGCGUCACUGCAAAUGAGGUACAAAAUGCUUCCAUUGUGGUACACCUUGUUCCACCGCUGGGCUUCUGCUGCCGAACCGGUCGUGCGGCCGCUGUUUUGGGACUUCCUGGAUGAUCCACAGACGCAUGAGAAUGAGGAGGCCUUGGAGAGCCAAAUUAUGCUGGGAGAUUCUCUUUUGGUUCACGGCAUUGCCAAGCCCUCCUCCGAGCAGUCGGAGGCCACAGUGUACCUGCCGAAGGCAUCUGGAUGGUACAGCAUCCACAACGGGGCUUUCAAGGCUCCCGGAGCACAUGUCCACAAGUUGGACCUCGACAGCAUCCCGGCCUACUACAGAGCCGGCACUGUGGUGCCAUUGAAAUCGAGAAUACGGAGAAGCUCUGCUUGCAUGAGCCUGGAUCCAUUCACCUUGAACGUGUACCUAAAUCCGCAAACUGGAGCUGCAAAAGGUCGAUUGUACAUUGACGACUAUCGCACUCGGACGUACCAGGACGGGAAAAGCUUCUUGGAUAUUGAGCUGGAGUUCAAGGAUGGCGUUUUGAGAGCGACGAAGACUGGAGCACUGCCUGAGGCUGUGGCUGUGUCUGCAGAAAUCGAGCGCGUGGAGAUCUUUGGGCUCCAAACGGCCCUCAGCAGCGCCGAAAGCGUGCAGAACGGCAAGGCGAUCGCGCUGCCAAGGCCUCGAUCGCGCUUGCUGGAUGGGGAGGCCAAGUUGCAGGCUGCUGUGGUCAAGGUCAAGCCGUUCAUUGAUAUGCGCAGUGAAUGGCAGCUCUCGGUCAAGUAGAUGCAGAAGGCUCACACCCAUACCACACUGAACUCUAGAC